AGUUUUGGAUAUGCAUUUAUUGAUUUUGGAAUGGCUUUUAUAACGUCACAAAAUGUGUUCCUACUCGAUAUUAGGUUUUAUGACAAUCCUGAAAUGACAAAAAGGACCUUCCAGUUGAAGAUUGGUAUCUUGAAUAUUUUUUACGACUCGCGAGUUUUUAACAAAUUCGAUUUUCAACGUUUAAAAUACACACAACGCAUAUGUUUAUAUAUGAAUUAAUAUUUUGAUGUGUUGUGGCAUGUUAACAGUAUAUUGACAUAUUCUUUACCGUGUUUUCUAUUGUUGUUUUUUUUUUUUUUAAUUACUGACUGUUAAUACAAUUAACUUGAUAUUUCUUGACACUUACGAAAUUUUGAGCUGAAGUUGAUGCAUUAUUAUUAUUAUAUAUUAUAUUUUUAGUUCAUUCUAAUCCAUGCUUGAAUGACAUGAAAAUAUCAUGUGUACACUAUAAACACGACCAUCGUUGUCUCUUUUUAAAAUUGGACGCUAGCGCACAACUUUCAUAAGGGAACGAAAUUUUUGCCUUCUUGUCGACUACCGUUCCUUUGAUUUAGGUAUUCAUGCCCAAAUGAAUAGUUUUCAAAUAUAAAACAAAAUGUCGAACACUUAACGCCGUUUGUUUCGUCGAACGUGUUAUUCGUUCCUGCAUUGUAUUAAUUUUAGAUUCAAAAUGUUAGUGAUUAAAUAAAGAGAUUUGCGAACUCAGAAAAUCUAUCAAUAUAUAAUUUUAAUUAAUUUAUACAUAUGCAUAUAUAUGCGUGUGCGCGAUGACUUCAUAUUCAGCAUCGUGUUAGCUAUGUGGCGGCAAUUGAAACAGAAACGAAUAAAAUAUUUGGACUUAUUAUAUAGUUUCAUUAAGUUCCAGUUUCGGAAACGAUGUCCGGAUUAUGUAAAUAAUUUAUUUCAUAGAGUGUUUGAAAACAAAGUUUGCAAACAAUAUUCCGACAAUUAUUUUUUUAGAAAAAGUGUUAACAUGGUAAUACAUUAAUAAAGAAAUAUAAAAAAACAGGUUAUUAUUGAAGAAAUAUUAUUUUGGUAUAUGAUCUCUAUAUUUAAAAAAUAUGAUGUUUUGAUAAAGGAUUACCAAUACAGAACUUUCACAGGGUACUUUUAACAAAUAGUUUUAAAUAAAAUGAAAUUUACUGAUGAUGAAUUAUGUUUCUUUUUGCAACAAAUGAGUAAAACAUUUCAGGGAAUGUCAUAUGUCUACAGCAAUAAUUCACGAGAUGUUAACAGGACAAUCUUUUCCUUUCAUGAAUAAGAAAAAAAAAUCUGCUUGGAUAUUCAAUAAAGUCUGCUUUAGCCAUACAUAAUGCUAUUUUGUAGUUUAAGUUAGACAAGUGUAAAUGAAUAAAUGCAAUCCAAUUAUAACAGGUGGCAAGAAAUACACAAUGUAUGAAUAUGAACUGUGAUCGGUAAUCGUUUAAUGCUAUUGUCUCACAAACUUAACUCAUUAAUGCCUAGCGUCUGGAAAAAAGACCUUGGCAAACAGCGUAGACCCAGAUGAGACGCCGCAUGAUGCGGCGUCUCAUCAGGGUCUGCGCUGUUUGUUUUAAUUGCUUUAAAGACUUUCUGUAAGAAAUAUUACAAAUAUAGAAUUAAAUAUACUAGACAUCCCUAAUUUUGAAAAUAAAUUGAUCAAAUUUAGAAGGAUGGGAGAGUCCACUAGGUAUAAAUGGGUUAAUGUUUUAAAUUUAAUCAUUGCUGUAGUUUGUAUAACAUUGUGCCGAGUUUGCAAUCUCUAAUUUAGAUCUGUGUGUCAUAAAGAACAAUUAUAUGUACCCAUUUUUUCCAUGCCUUAUUCAUUGGUUGUUUUUCAUCUGUUAUUCCAAUUUAUACUUACUUUUAUUGAAUAUGCAUACUGGAACAUGUUUUCACUUUUCUUUUUAUAUUUAUUUAAUGUUUUUCAAAAAAGAUAAUUGCAUGCAAGUGUAUUGUACUUAUAGUGAUUACCUGAUUCAAUGAUAAUAACUUCCUGUAGUUUAAUACCAUUAAGCCUUAUCCUGACGUUAUACUAAGUAUGUUUUCACCAACAGAGAUAUAUUAUACUCUUCAGUAUAAAAAUAAUAUUGUUGUUAAUAUAAAUAAGUUACAAGCAAUAUAUACCUUAUAUAGCCUCAUAGCCUUUCUGGCAUCUGUAUAGUAAAGUUAGAGACACUGUCUACUGUUCUGACCUCAAUACCUUGUAUGCCAUUGACUUCAACUAUGUAGAUAAUUUUUAGUGUGUAACACACGCAUCUUCUCGUCUCUGACCCUGAUUGCAUUAAAUUGUAUAUGUAUGUGUUUGCAGUUUUGAAAAAAAUGUGUUGGAAAAAAAGCUAUAUUGAUCAAGACUGCCAGAACAAUACUCGCCGUUGUGAAUGUUUACUUGGAUUCGGUCAGUGUCGGAGGACUAAGAAACCGCACCAUCAAUCAAUGGUUUUUGCGUUGAUGACCAAUUUUUGGUACCGUGACCGCGAUGUGGACCUGACGGACGUCUAUUGUGAGGAUGACUCUUCCAAAGGCGAUGCAAUUGAACUUAAACCAAACGCAGACGACACCGAUCAGACGAGAGCGGCAAAUGCAGGCGGGAAACCAGACGGACUAAAUGAUGUCAAUGUAUCGGUGGACAGCCAAACUGGAAAGUACCUGAUUUACGGCGUUAACGACUCGCCACCACUGCACGUGACUGUGGUGUGCGCUUUACAGCAAGCUCUCCUGUCGCUGUCCAAUCAGUUAAUCGUGUCUCUGCUCGUGUCGGAGGCGGUGUGUGCCUCCCACAAUGACGUGUUCAAGGCUAAGCUCCUCAGCUCCACUCUCUUCAUGAGCGGUGUGACCACAGUCUGCCAGAACCUGUUUGGGAUUCGACUUCCCCUGUUCCAAGGAGCCGCUUCCGAGUACGUGGUGCCGCUGCUUUUGAUGGCCAGUACGGAUGAUUCCUUCUGUAACAGCAAGAACGAACCAUCAGGAAUCACUACUAAUCAAUCAAAAGGCCUUGUGGGAGCAAACGCCAGCAUGUUAGGAUCCGUUGGCGAUCUUGACGUAGAAAUAGGCAUGGAUCGGAUACUUAACAAUGUCAGAAUGAUUCAAGGGAGCUUAAUAAUGGCCGGGUUUGUGCACGCGAUGCUCGGGUUCACGGGCCUGAUGGGACUGCUUCUACGUUUCGUGGGACCUCUCACCAUCGUGCCCACCCUGAUCCUCAUAUUCAUCUUCCUCGUGGGACCCGUGUUAAAGUUCGUGGAAGCUAACUGGGGAAUUGCUCUGUCGACGAUAGCGGUAGCGGUGGUGAUGUUCCUUUACCUGGCAAAGUACAACAUGCCUGUCCCCGUAUGGACCCCGUCGCUUGGGUUCCGUAUUAUACGAUAUCCUCUGCACCAAGUGUUUGCAAUCCUCAUAUCCAUUAUCCUAAAUUGGAUGCUAUGCGGCGCGCUUACGUAUGCAGGGGUGCUUACGGAUGAUAAAACUUCCGUUGGUUACAACACGCGCACCGACUCUAGAAUUCAGGUCAUCUAUGACAACCCAUGGUUUACCUUUCCGUACCCAGGUCAAUUCGGAGCAUUCAGUUUCAACGGCGCAGCGUUCCUUUCCUGCAUGAUAGCAACACUUAUCUCCGUCCUGGACUCUAUCGGCGACUAUUACGCAUGCGCAAGGGUGUGUCGAGUUCCGGCCCCGCCUAAACAUGCGGUAAAUCGCGGAAUCAUGAUCGAGGGCCUUUGCAGCAUGAUAUCCGGUACUGUGGGGUGCGGCCACGCCACCUCAACAUACGGAGGCAACAUUGGCGCAAUUGGCGUUACGAAGGUGGCGAGCCGUCAUGUGUUUGUAUGCACCGGAAUCAUCUACAUUUUUUUCGGCAUAUUCGGCAAGUUCUCAGCGCUCUUCAUCAGUAUACCAUACCCGGUACUUGGCGGGGCCAUUAUCGUCAUGUUUGGAAUUUUCUUCGGAGUCGUUAUAUCGAAUUUAGAGGUGACUAACAUGUCGUCUCCCCGCAACAUCGCUAUACUGGGACUGUCCGUUUUCAUUGGUCUGUGCGUGCCCACGUGGGCACAAAAGGGGAAAAAUCCCGUUCAAACAGGUCACUUGGUGUUCGACAAGAUCAUGUCCAUGCUUCUUGGAAAUCCAAAUUUGAUCGGGACGGUUAUCGCGUUCGUGCUGGACAACACCGUACCAGGGACGCCGGAAGAGCGCGGUAUAGCCGCUUGGACGGUUAGCGACGCAGAUGAAGACGCGGAAGUGGACCGGACGCUCUUCAACGAGGGCUAUGACGUGUACCGGCCGUUGAUGCCCCAGUGCAUCCGGUUCUCUAGGCUGUUGAAGUACGUACCCUUCUUGCCGUACCAUCGAGGCGCAGUCGAGAAAGAGAUGGGCAAGAAUCCUGAAUGACCUUGAUAAACUUUGGGAUAAAACAUGUGUUUCGUGUGUGUUUAUAUGCAGUGAAAAAAUGUACACAUUUGCUAAACGUGAUCACUUACUAAUUGUAUAUAAAUAUACUCUUUUGAAAAGAGUGUAUAAUACCUUUAUAGAGUUCAUACAGGUUUUCACAGGCGUACACUUACUUUCUGGAUAAAUUAAUGUUUGAAUUUUAGUCGCAUGUAUUUAAGUUUUUAACUAGUGAACACUUGUUUCAGGAAUUUCGUCAUUUGAAUGAAGUCAUUUUGUGAAAUUCCUGAAGAAAUCAGGCAUUUCGUCCCUAAUUGAAACAGUUAUUUCACGAAAAUCCCAAAUAAUUUAGAAAUUUCGUGAAAUUCGCAUUUUAACAGAUGUACUGUAAUUUGUUUUGGUUGAUGCAGUUAUAUUUCUGGGGAUACUUUCACUGGGUUCUGCAUGACUGUGAUGACGUAUAAAAUGUGUCCCUACGAAGCUAGCAGUUUGACAACCAUUCACAAAGCGACAUAGAGUACUGAAUCUCCCCGUGGAAUCAUACAUGUUCUUAAUGUCACGCGAUUGUCAAUAAACUCAAAUUCAACAUUGAACAUAUUCAAACAUUUGAAACACACUCAUAAUUUUAAAUAAUUUAAAAUUCUCGAUUCUAAAACAUUAUGUAGAAAUGUUCACUUAUUAAAACAUAUCGCAAUUUUUGUGCUGACAAAUUCUGCAAAAAAUAAAUUCCGAUUAAUGUGGUUGUUUCUUUGGUGGAUGCGGGGGGGUGUGUGUGAUAUAUUCUUUAGAUUGUCAAUGUCUGUAAACAUGCAAAGCACCUUAUUAGAUAUG